AUGAAUGCCGAAAUCCGGACGUUAACGACUUCCAAGGCCGGCGCGGGGCCGAACGGGCGGGUAAUGGCGGUUACACUGCAUGGGGCUGGUUCGGCUCAUAAACGCAGUUUCGAUCAGACAACAGACACCGCGACACCUACGGUAUUACCUCUUGCAAAGCGGCGAAAAUCGCAGACGCCCGCGGCGGCGGAUGGUCCCGAGCGUCGCCUUGGAUUCUCGCGGUCUCAUCCGCCCUCUGAGAAUGCCAAGCCUGUCCGACCCGCGACUCCUCCAGCGUCUUCGUCGGCACGUGAUCACGCGAAUGGAGCAACGGCUAGUACACCUAAACGCUCGCCGUGGAAGGUCCGUUCAAAAUAUUCACUGUCAAAUGAGAAAGUCAGAGAUCUUGGAAACGGUUCACCCAUUACCCACAGUACCGCUGGACGAGACCCACAAACGACGUCCCUACCGACACGGACUGGUGUACAGCCCGAAAGCCGUGCCACUUCCACCUUUGGACAGAUGAAGUCUGCCAUACCGUCUGCGGACAACAUGCCUUCCUCUUCAAAACAGCGGUUCAGUUCCGUGCAGCCACGGCUACAAGAUACCGACCGGUCAAAGCGCACCUCUUCUUCCCGUCCGGGGGAAUUCGUCAUGUCAGAAAAACAUGAGAGAAUGGCGGCGACUAUCCCAAAAAAGGUCAUGAACCCAGGUCAUGAUCGAGCCAGCCACAGUUCUCCUUCGGAAAAGUUCCGGAUCGAUAUCCCGCGACCAAUUUCCGGGUCUAGAAUGGCCACUUCGCAGCCACGCCACAACAAUGGCGCAAAGAUUCAAGUGGUGAUUGAAGAUCAACGCAAAACCCUUCUCAGGGAAUUCCAAGGCCCUUUACCCAAGUCUAAGGCUCAGAUUCAAGCAGAGAAGAAUAGGGUCUUCGCACAGUUGCAGCAGUCCACAAAGUUAGCUCGUGAAAACCCGGAACUAGUGGAGAAACUUUUUGGAACAACGGGAUUUUCGGCCGUGUUCAGCGUUGAUGACGAUGUCAAGUUUAUGCGGGACGCGGCAUCGAAGAAGAAGAAAAAGGUGAAGCGCAGCAAUAUCGGCUUGGAGAUGGAACCUCUUUCCAAGUCACUUGAUCAGUUGUCUCUCAACAAAAGCUUGAUCCAUCCCGCCCGAGCUGCGCGUGAUAUCCUCACCAGCCGCUUUGACGAAAGCCUGUGCCCACCUUUGACCUUCUCCAACGACAUAAAUGACAAACGACUUGCUGGCAAAUUCCAAUUCAUCGAUCACUAUAUCAUCGGCUCGAAAGUCAAGGUGGCACCGACCUCGACGAACUCUGGCUGUGAUUGCACGAAUUGCGCACUAUCCACCUGUACAUGCAUGACCAAGGAAGUCGAGGGACGCGCAACCCAGGUGGAAAUCUACGUCCGCCGACCCGAUGGGAUCGUUGUGCUUUCGGAUGAGCAUAUUGCUAGCGUGCUUGGAAACAACGGCGCGGACCGGCAUGAAAUAACGGAAUGUAAUGAACAUUGUGGGUGCGGUGACGACUGCUGGAAUCGGGUCGUGUGCAAAGGUCGCACCGUUCCUCUUGAAGUCUUCCAGACUGAAAAGUGCGGCUGGGGCGUCCGCUCGUCGAAAGAUAUUGUCAAAGGACAAUUCAUCGAACGAUACCUGGGCGAGGUGAUAACCACGGCCGAACUGGAACUCCGCGAAGACGCGGUGGAGGAGCACCAACCUAGCUAUGCCUAUUCGCUGGACUGGUUCAACGAUGCCGGCAACAAGGAGCCUUAUCAGGUGGAUGGCGUGGACUUUGGGUCUGCCAUGCGAUUUGUCAAUCACAGCUGCAACCCCAAUGCUAGGUCUUUCCCUGUGCAGACCCACAGAAAGGAUAAGAGGGUGUACGACCUCGCCUUCUUCGCCAUCAGGGACAUCAAGGCCGGCGAGGAGAUACGCAUCUCGUACCUGAACGACGCCGAACCCGACGACGACGAGCAUACCAUCUCGGAGGAUCUGGUCAAGUGUCAAUGUGGGGAGAACAAUUGUCGAGGCAUCCUGUGGAGACCGGGAGUCAAGACCAGACGAAGGAGGAGGAGACAGGAAUAA